UCUAAUUUCUGCCUCACCAGACGGAACCAACCAAACUUCUGUGAUGGAAGAUGAAGAAUCCCACAACACAGGAAUCACCAGAGAGAGAAGGAUCCGAAACGAGAGAUUCAUAAAGUUAAAAGAAACACAGAACGUGGACAGUCCUUCAACAGCAGAUAAAAAUAGCGUCAAGGGCGAAUACGUUGUCAGGAACCGGAAAGAUGAGAAUUCACUGGCGAAACGCUGCACAAAUAUAAUGGGUGUUGAAUUUUUUAAAAACAUUAACUUUGUGUUACUGAUGUUGUCCUAUGUCUUUUGGGUGUUUAAUCUAACUUUGAUAAUGUAUUUGCCACCUCUCUGUGUUUGGUCGUUUGGCAUGACUCAGAAGAAGUCCGCCAUUUUGAUGUCGCUUCUCGGAUUAUUCACAACAAUCGGUGAACUCUUCCUUGGCGUGUUUGUUGAUCUGCUUCACUUUCGUAGCAAGAACUUGUACAUCUUCUCUCUGAUAAUAUCCUCUGUAUCAAUCAUAUUGAUGCCAUACUGUUAUACCUUCCAGUACAUCGCUCCUGUAGUCUGUAUCUACAGUAUUGCUCUCGGGUUUACCGUAUCACUAAGACUGGUGUUAACCACUGAAGUCGUUGGUCUAGAACAUUCUACAAAGGCAUACAGUGUUCUGUGUGUCGCGAGCGGAAUCGCAGGAUUAGUUUCCUCUCCUCUUUUUGGUCUGUUUUAUGACAUCACCGGAUCGUUCCUGGUUGUGUUCUACGGAGCUGGAGCCUGUGCCGUUCUUGCACUAGUGUUUAUUUCGUUAAUAACUUUACGUAAUAAAUUUUGUAUGAAAUAAAUUAUAUUUUAUAAGAUG